AUGUUUGCCUAUCCCUUGGAGUAUAUUGCACCACGCAUUGCCAAUAUGAUUCGAGCGAUGACGCUAAAAACGAGUGGUAAGAUAUCUCAGAAUGAAAAGGCUUUGGAAAAUCUUGGAAUUGCGCUUAAGGUAGAACUAUGUUUUCUAGAACUCCGUGAAACGUAUGCUGAAAUUGAACGGUACCGUGGUGUAUUUGUUGAACAGAUGAUGGAAGAUGACCUGGAUGCAUUGCUUUGCCCUCCACAGGUAUUGAUAACACCGAAGCACGAUGUUCCAGCAAAACUCUUUUCUGCUGCUUCCUACACAGCAAUGUUCAAUUUGCUAGACUUCGGUGCAGGUGUGGUUAACGUGACGAAGGUGAACGAGGAAGAUGAAGAAAAGCUACGAGACUAUCCCGAGACUGAUAUUUGGUAUAGAAAGGCUAAAGAAGCUUGCAAGGGUGCUCUCGGAUUUCCCGUGAAUGUACAAGUGGCAGCACCUCCAUACCGAGAAGAAAUCGUGCUAAGACUGCUACGUGAUAUUGAGAUAGCUGUUACUGGAAAAUAA